AUGACAGAGGCUGAGGAUGUAAGUGAAUUUAAGUUCAAUAAAAAACGAGUAGAAGUGAUUAGUAAAGAAGGAGAAGUACCUGAUGAUUGUGAUGGGAUUGUAUACUGGAUGUCUCGAGACCAGAGAGUACAAGAUAACUGGGCAUUGUUGUUUGCCCAACGACUAGCCUUGAAGAAUAAAGUGUCACUCCAUGUUGUUUUCUGUCUGGUUCCAAAGUUUUUGGAUGCAACCAUUCGCCAUUUUCACUUCAUGUUAAGGGGUCUAGAGGAGGUGGAGAAAGAGUGUAAAGAUCUUAACAUUGAGUUUCACCUUCUCCUUGGUGAAGCAAAAGAUGUUUUGCCCACUUUCAUCAAGGAACACAAAAUUGGGGGAUUGGUUACAGAUUUCUCACCCUUGCGGGUUCCUCGGCAGUGGCUCAAAGAUGUUAAGAAAGCUAUAAAACCCAAUGUUGGUUUACUACAGGUUGAUGCACAUAACAUUGUGCCAUGCUGGAUAACCUCAGAUAAACAAGAAUACUCAGCAAGAACAAUUAGAAAGAAAAUUCAUGACAAGCUGCCCAAGUUCUUGACAAAAUUCCCACCAGUUGCUAAACACCGUUAUACAAGCAAGUACAAAUCAAAGGGUGUGGAUUGGGUAGAGGCUGAAAAGAGUCUAGAGGUAGACCAAACAGUCAAGCCAGUAGACUGGGCAACUCCUGGAACAAGAGCAGGCCUGGACCUCCUGAAUGAAUUUUGCUUGAAACGUCUACGCAAAUUUGCUGAAAGCCGUAAUGAUCCAACAAUAAAUGCACUGAGUAACCUGUCACCUUGGUUACAUUUUGGUCAGAUAUCAGCCCAGAGGUGUGUCCUGGAAGUAAAGAGGUACAACAAGCAGCUAAGUAAAUCUGUUGAAGCUUAUGUCGAAGAAGCUGUGGUAAGGCGAGAAUUGUCAGACAAUUAUUGCUUCUACCAGAAAAAUUAUGAUAAUCUUGAUGGAGCAUAUGAAUGGGCUCGCAAAACCCUAGAGGACCACAGAAAUGACAAACGGCCAUAUAUUUACACAAGGGAAACAUUAGAAGAAGGAAAAACACAUGAUGAACUUUGGAAUUCUGCUCAGAUACAGUUAGUGACUGAGGGUAAAAUGCAUGGCUUCUUGAGAAUGUAUUGGGCAAAGAAGAUUCUGGAGUGGAUGAAAAGCCCAGAUGAUUCCUUGGCAACAGCAAUCUAUCUCAAUGACAAAUACAGUCUUGAUGGUAGAGAUCCCAAUGGCUAUGUUGGUUGCAUGUGGUCUAUAUGUGGUAUCCAUGACCAGGGCUGGGGAGAGAGACAGGUGUUUGGAAAGAUCCGUUACAUGAACUAUGAUGGUUGCAAGAGAAAGUUCAAGAUCAAUGCCUAUGUUGCACGGUAUGGAGGAAAACAACAUAGGUACAUUCCACCAGUCUAGAGAAAAGACACCAUACUGUGACUCAUACCACUUGUGUUCACAUCAGCUACCUAAGACUGAAAGACUGUUCUUUAUAUGUGAAAGGAACUCUGGUAUUGUAAAAGUAGAAGUAGAUGUCAAUAUACUUUUAAAAAAUAUUCUAAAUGUCAUUGAUUAGGGAAUUACUUAUUUUUCUUUUAAUAGUAAUUAAAUAUUUGUUUAUAUAUGACUGAUAUAACAAAUUGUGUUAUAGCUCUCCAAAUUCUAUAUUAUGGUAAAACUGUAAAGUUCUCUCAGUUUUCUAAAUGUGAAUAGAUUUUACCCUAUGGUGAUGGGGCUAGAUUUAUUUGUGAUGUCAUCUUAUGCAACAGUCUAGAUUUUACGGUUAUGCCAGAGCUGUGCACAGCCAGCCCACCCGCUGCGAGUCAUGAUACAUUUACAUGUUAUAGGUGGUUCUCUCUGUCACCGAGGGGUUAAGCAAAAUCACAUGUUUUAUAUGAAUUAUAUUAGCUGCAUUUAACAUCACACUAAAUUUUAGAUCCGUAUUAGUAUUUAGCUCAUAAAAUUGUGAUGCCAAGUGCUUUGUUUCACUUCUUUUUAAUUUGGAAAGAAUCUCAGUACUUAUUGAAUUAAAUGAUUGCAAGUUGUUUUGAUUGAUUGGAAGCCGAGUAUCAUUUUACUGAUAAUGUUGGUUCAAAGUCUCUGUAUCUGAUUUAUGUUAAAAGAUUUUUAAGUAUAUUUUAAGUAAUUAAAAAAUUUGU